AUGUCGUUGAAUGGCUUGGAUCAUCUUAAGGUCACAGAAGCCUAUAAUGCAGUGUCUUCAGAGCCAGGUGGGUGGCUGCUCCUAAAAUACGCCACACGAGACGAAAUCGUGUUACUCGGACAAGGUAAUGGAGGGAUCACUGAGAUACGAAAUGCCAUUGCCAAUUAUGAAGAGCCCUCGCCACUCUUUGGUUUCCUGCGAUACCGUAGAAGAAAUGUGGUCAUUAAAUACGUGCCAGAGGACUGUUCAAGGCUAAUUCAAGCACGCGCUACCGUACAUAUUAGCGCUAUAUCCGACCGAUUCGUCCCGCAUGAAACUGUCUUUUCUAUCUCAUCUCCGAAAGAACUUCGUGAUUCAACUCUUUCGGCGGCAUGCUCUCUCCACACGGCGUCUGCUUCAACGUCAUCAUCUUCAAGCUCAUUGUAUCGACAGAGGUUGAUGGAAAUCACCGAGGAAGAAGAAGAAGAAAUUCGAGCUAAGCGUGAGUCUUGUUUCCCAAAAGAACCAAAUGAGCCAGCUUCUACUUCAAAGGUCGAAUCUGCCUCUGGUGGCUCAUCUUCUUCGAAAGAUACAGACUUGUUGUCAGAAGUACCACCCUAUUCUGUGGGAACUACAGAUUCGAUCUCGUCUCGGAAAGCCGGCGAAUCCGCUCCAGAAUAUUCCAAUGGGUCUAGCAGUAGAGAGCCGCACAUGACCAUGCAGUCAUCAAAUUAUGAUAAUCUCUACAGCUACAAUGGCAGACUUAAGGUCAAACUGGGUCCGAGACCAUCCGCCGACACGAUGGGACGGCUAUAUACAUCUGCAGCAUCGCCCUAUCGCCCUGUUUCCACUCUGCCCGCUGGACUACGGCACUAUGCCAAAGGUUCUCGUGUCGAAAAAGACCAGUCGAAACCAAUUUCUAACCCUGAAAACGCCAGCUCAGUGGUAUCAAAUCAGUCUUGUCCAAUGUCUUCAGCUAUCAUCAUCAACGCCACUACUGCUACUACAACACAAGAAUUACCGCCAAGAUCUAGCCCAAACGAAGAAAGACCGGCAACAAGUUCUAGCCUAUCCAUUAGGUCUAUACCAUCUCCUGCUCUCUCUACCAAAUCAAAAGCGCCUAUCAUAGACCCAGCAAGAGCCCGGCUUCUACGGGCACAAGAGAUACGCAAGCGAAGGCUUGAAGCAGCAAAAGAAGAAGUGGUCGAACCUGUAGUUGUCAAACUUGAUCUACCUGAAAUGACACCUCCUGCGUCUCCUAAUAUCAUAGCUGAAAGUCUAUCUGCAAUGGCUGUACUAGAUAGUUUAAACAGAGAAGAAGAUACUAGAUUGAAUUUGUCGAGCCAACAUACAAAGAGUGACGACUUCGAUGAUGCACGGUCAGAUAUAUGUCCAACCUUCCAUGCUGCUACCUCCAUAUCCGAAAAAACCGAAUCAACCCCAGCUUCGUCUAUUUCAGAAUCAACAAAAGGAGCUGCAGAGGAAGAGCUUAGUAUAGAACCACAGUACCACAGUCAGAUGAAUCAAACAUUAAAUGAGUCUGAGCUGGAUGAAAGCAAAAGUCUUGAUAUAGGAUUCCUCUCCAACUUUAGUUUUGAUAAUAGCAUCGCUGAUUCAGAUCUUCCUCUGCUUUUACCGUCUGUGUAUAACCCAGGCGGAAUAAAAAAUACUGAACCGGAUUCCCUUCCAGAGAAACCCGGAAAGGAAUGUAGAAUAUCGAGUGCAACAUCGACUGAAGAAAUACCUUCUGAAUUCAAUUAUCAGAUUUUAGACGAUUCUAGCCCAUCUUCACCCUCGGGCAACACUAGCUGUAGGUCAUCGAUGGAAGUAUUUAAUCCGGAAAGCUAUAAACCCCAGCCGUCAGCAGAGAACAUUACUAAUAUUCAGGGAGCAAACGGAGAAGAUAGCUGGGAUGUCCCCCGGUCUAAAUUUAGCGUGCCAAGAUCUAAGUUUAAUGUUCAGACUCGAGACAGCACCUUCUUUAUUCUUGGAAUGUCUCCGAGAGAAAUUCAGCCAAAAGAUAUCCCAAGGAUAGAAAGCCCGCUGGGCAGGAAAAAUUCUGUCCGUGACUUGACAAUCGAAAAAGAAGAUUCUUUAACUGAAGAAGCCAAUCAUGCCAUCACAACUCAAGAUAAUCCUGGAGAGCCAUCAGAAUCUAAAAUAAGCGUAGAUAAUCAGGACGAUGAUGGUGAUUCUGACAGCAACUUUUCGUCUGAUGACGAACUCAUGGAUGAGCUGCAGUCAGCAAUUUUUGAGGAUGCGAAACCGAUUUCCGUUGCUAAGCGAGCACCCGUCAGUCCAGCUACCCCAAAAUCUACCAACAGUAAUAGCGAAACCAAUGUACCAAUACGUGCUUCUUCAAAUCCUCUACAAAAAGGAUCGCAGACUGAUGGCGAGUUAAAUUUACCUCCAUGCACAGAAAACCCAAGGCCCCUAUCUACAUCAUCUGUUAUUCCUAACCAGUUUCAUGCACAGCCAUUGUCUAUUGUAGCAAAAAAAGUUAACCUUGGAUCAGGUAUAUCGCAGCGUAUCAAAGCUUUAGAGAGACUCUCUGCUAUAAAAAGUGAUUCAAACAUAAAUAUUGGCACAACAGCUGGGAUACCAACUUUCUUUUCGGUUCGAAAAGCUAGCGUACGAGCUUCUUCCAAAACCUCAAUCGACAACGCAAAUCUAAUGCAUGGAAAUACACGACCUCAAUCACCAACUUUGCCGAAAAUAGAGUGCGGCAGCAAGUCAGGUGGGAUAGUGAACUAUAUAGAGAGAUGUAACACUAUCGAAUGUAACCCAUCCAAGCCCCGGCCGGUUCAGGAGUCAAUUUCUGUCACUGCACAUAUCGUAAGAGACUCUCGGCCAUCGAAGUUAUCAUCAGGAGAUUCUUGUGAUUCUGUGGAACAUACUUCUCUAGUUUUGCAAGAAUCACCAUUGGUAAUAGAUCGUUAUCCAACAUUCUCAUCGGAAGAGACACAACCCGAAUCCCUUGGCUCAUCUUCAGAAAAGCGAUCUAGUUAUUUGAGUCAAAAGGCAUCUAAAACCCGUAGGUCUUCAUUUACAGUAUUGAAAGAACUGUUUAACGAGCGGCGAACGUCGACACCUGAAAGUCGUCGCUCAACCUCAUAUGAGACCCAAGGUCAAUUACAACCCCCCAAACCGCCCUCUGCACAUGCCACUAGAGGCCACGGUCGGAGUCAUUCUCAUGCUAGUCGUCCCUCUAAUCACUGGGACAAGAAAAAUUCACUCCCUCCUCUCCAGCCAAGCAGCUCAACAUCAUCUAGUAAUAAUGAUCGAAGUGAAAAGAAAGGUAGUAGAGCUAGUCGAAUGUUACAAUUCAUUUCAUCUCCAAAAACUACUAACCGGAAAACAAAUAAUCAAAUCAAGUCUCCAUCGGUUCCUGAAUCAGCCAAAAUGGAUGUAACUACUCAAUCUGGACCUUCCAGGUGCCCAAAUGAUCUUGGUGCGGCAACUUUGAUCGGUGAUGUUAACGUUCAGUUUCCGGAUACUCUACUGUGGAAACGCAAAACAAUGUUUCUUGAUUCACAGGGCUAUCUGAUUAUGGCGCCUGCCAUGUCAAACCACUCAAACACAACAGCGAAGGAAACUCGAAAUAUUGUUGCCUCAAGAAGAUUCCACAUGAACGAGUUUUGUGUGCCAUUUGUGCCUGAUGUUGAGACUGAGGAGCUUCCUAACAGUGUCAUACUAAAUUUUAGAGAGGGCGGGGAGGCCCUUCAGGUGGCUUGUGAAGAUCGUACUGGUCAAAAUCGAAUAUUAAGUGCCCUCAUGCAAGCGCAUCAAAAUUGGACAAUUUCGUGA